AUGGCGGCGCCGGCAGCAUGGUGUCUUUUUGAGGAUGCUGGAAUCGUUCUCGGACACGGCGACGUCCUGACAUUCGGAAAGGUCGCAUUGCAGCUGCAGCGCUCGACGGAGGGUCACUACCAGCUCGCGACAGGCAUCGGAGGUAUUGAAGGCUCCCUUCACACUGAGCUGUCGCGGCGCAUAGCGAAUCUUUCCGAGGCGGUGCAGGCGCUGGUCGCGGAAGCUUUGGAAGACCGUGCGGCCAUCGAAGCUCUCCGCCGCCUUCGCGAGGCGUCCCAGCCCAGGAGAUCUCGAUUCUAUUCCGCGUGGGAGAAGUUUGAGAUGCUGGGACCCAUGCAGGAGAAGUCCGCGAACCGCAGUGGCGGCGAUGUGGAGGAGGAGGACGCUGGUCCGGUGCUAUCUCCGUUGACAGAAGAGGCUUUUUCAGGCUAUGGCGUCAAUGCGCCGUGCGCCCCAGCCUUCGUCAGCACUGUGCUACAUCUUCAGAGCGCCUCGCUGCGCAUCUUCGCACAGGGCCCGCGAGGCACUCAGAGCCGUGCAGUGGCACAUGCUUCUCUAGAAGGUGUCCACUUCCGUGUCCAGCUUUUCCGCGAGCGUGCGGCUGCAAGCUUGCUAUUCACCUCGCUCCAGCUCCAGGCGGCCAGCCUGACGCUCCAGUCCCGGCGGCUGCUUACUCCAAGGGCUACAGGUGGAGUGCUGCUCGACAGUUCUGCCUUGGUGCCGCUGCAGCCAGAAGGGUGUGAGCCACUUUUCGGAGUGAAGUUGCAGCAGCUGGCAGUGCUUUUCCGCCAGCGCGACAGUGAUGCGCUCUUGGAGCUCCUGCGCUCGGUGUUGAGACCGCUGCAGGCCGCUGAAGGUGCCGGCAGUUCUCAGAGGCCUUCAGUAUCAUCCCUCGACCAGCAACAGGUGGCCGAGACUUUCGGCCUUGAAGCCAAGUGGAAACGUCCCUUGUUUCGAUGCUGGAUUGGCGCGCCCAAGGUUUUUCUUCCCACGGACCCGACACUUCGGCGCCGGCGCUCCCUGGGAGAGGCACGCUGCGGUCAUCUUGAGGAGCAGAAAGGCGUUGUCGAUUUCAAAGCCAUGCCUGGCGAGGAGUUCAUCGUCAUCGACUUUGGGCACGUCAACCUUCAGCGCACCACUGACAGCCUCGAGACGCUGGACUUGAAGCUGUGCGAGGUGGACCUUCGUAUGGCCGGCAAAACAGGCAAACUUGCCUCUGUCCUGCAGCUGCCGGAGACGAAGGCUUCAAAGGGCGCCACUCCCACGACGAUCCGCAUGGAUGCCACACUACGCCAGGGCCGAGAGGGGACCCGCUUCGAGGCUUCGCUGCAACCAUCCGGUGGUGAGCAACUGCAAAUAGUUCUUGGCCGCAGUGACCUCACACGCAUCCUGGACGUGUUGGCGGAGAACCGCAGCUAUGCCAGCUUAAUCGAGGAUGCGACGGAGGUGGAUGACUCUGCACAGGAGGAGUCCGAGGCCAGCUCCUUCGUCUCAGCCCGUGAGACACACAGUGCCAGGACACGCAGCCUUGAGGCAGUACCUUCGCCUGCACCUGUGCAGGCCUCCGUGCGGGCACGUACGCUGGCCACGCUGCGUUCCGCAAGCCAGCUUCCGGACUUGCAGCCAAAGAAGUGGCCCAGCGGAGAAACAAGUCAAGACUCAUCCGGGCAGCCCUUCACAUUACAGUGGUCAAAUCCGGCGGUGCUGCUCAUUCGAGUCCAAUUCACUGAAUCUGCCCCGGUGGCUGCACUUGCGCUCCAAGGGAGUUGCAUCUUUGCGAAGCUGGAUCCCGAUCUCCAGCUGGAGGUCUCUUGCCGGUCAGUGGACAUCGAGGAUCUGCGUUUACGAUCACAGAACGCAGACAAAUCAGUUCUCUGCGGAAGCUCCUUCGUCCUUGCCUGGCGCAGUGAGGCAGGCCAGCGGUCGGCACUGUCGAUCCGGCUGAACCGAGCCACGUUACAGGUGCUGCCAAUGCUGUUUGCGGACCUGGCCACCUGGGGCGUUUCGGCUUGGCGACUCUGCGCUUGGGCCCAGUGCCCUCCCGAACCCGAGCAGAGGCUGCCCUGGGACCUUUCUGAGCUGCGCCCGCUGGGCGUGGCCAGUCUGCUGAUCGAGGUCGAGCUGCAAUCUGCAUCGUUUCGCUUGCCGACAGCUUGGUCAGCGCAGCAGGACUACUUUGAGUUCUGCGGGAGCCCGCGAGAGAACGGUGCCGUCUUCUCGGCAUCGCUGCUUAGUUGUGAGGCCGGCCUCGAGUUGACUCGCAUCGCCUUGGAGAGCUGCAAAGUACAGCGUUGCGAUGCACAAGUGCCGAGUGCAGUGCUGUGCAGCGACUUCGGCCUUUCUGCAGCCGGUCGAACCUGGAAUUUGGCGCCAAGAAGAAGCGGGCUGAUCCUGAGGCCCGUCGAACUGCAGCCUUUCGACCUUCGCAUUUCGACGCAGGACAUCGGUGCCCUCCUUGCAGCUGCCAGCUCGCUAGCAAGUGCCGAAGCACCCAGCGCAGAGCCCAUCGAGGAGCUGCUCCUCCGUGACCCUCAUGCACCGACAGCCCCCACGUCUUGGUGCUUGGAGUUGGACGGCAUGGUCGGGAGAGGAGAAGGAAGUCGCACGAAGCAAGUCAUCGACUUGCAAAUCCUGGAUGAUCGCCAGCCGGGCAAGCUUCUCGACGUCCGGAUCGGCCUGCCAUCGAUUCACGCGGAGAUUCGGACUGCAACUGGUCAAGCCGCAAGCCUGCUUCUCCGCACCCAGAUGCUCGAGCUGGAGGUGGAGUCCUACAAUCGCAACCUCCGUGUCAUGGAGCCAGUGGUGCUUCCGAUCAGAUUGGACGCCGAAUACGAAGUACUGCAGGGUACAUCCUCCUUCCGCGUGAGCUCCAGGGAGAAGCUGCAUUUGGUGAUCACUCCGACCUUCAUUCGCUUGGUGAUGCAGCUUCAGGAUGAGCUUGCUGCAGAUGUACCGACGGCGCAGCGGCAGUCAGCAUACUUGCCGCUGAUUACAGGAUUGAACCUGACUGGCACCGCCUGCCAGGUCGCAGCAGGAUCUACAUGCAUCCGACUUCCAGCAGCCAAGGAGGUGCCGCUCGAUGCACUCCUCUCCGAGGACAGAGCGGAGCUGCGAAGCCUGGGAGACCCGGCACUGCCGCUGAGAUUCGAAGCCAAAAACUUCAAAUUCAAUGGCGCAGACACUGCGGUUCCGCGUCUCUGCGGUCAAAAUCCCUUUGCCAAGACCCCGCUGCAUCCAUGGGACAGCGUCUCCUCGGUUUGCUUCGCGAACUUGACGGAUGUGACACUUCAAUGGCGCUUGCUUAGGCCAGGAUCGUACAGCAGAUUCUCGGACCAUGCGCCUGAGAAUGGCGAGGUCAUGGAGGCGACGGAGACGGUGACUGCCUGGGGGCAAGGCUGCGACCCGGGGAGCAUGAAUGAAUUGAGGCAAGCGGUGUCUCUGCCGCAGACCGCGCUGGCUGCAGCGCCUUCGGGCUCGAUGCCCUUGGCUCUUCUGCAGGUUCGGCCAGCGAGCCCAGCAGGGGCUCUGCCCGCAGAGACGUUCACAUGGAGCGAGCCGGUUCCUGUCUUCUUGCGCAGACACCCUGAGCCUGUCGUACCUGGGCGCCGAAGGAGCACCCGAAGUAGUGUUACAAGCACAGAGUCCGGACAGGGGGAUGGGGACCUGUUUCGGCGCUGCCAAAACGCGUCAGGCAGCUGUCCCUUGAGAUUCCGUCUCGUGGAGGAGGGCGGCCGGCAGACGCUUUGUGCAGAGCCGCCACUGCGACUGCGCAACGGCUGCCCCGUGCCGCUCUUGCUUACCUUCGAGCCAGAGCUUCACCGCGAGGAGCUGGAGACCAUUCCAGCAGGAGCGGUGCGCGUCGGUGCCCUGGCGAAAAUUUUCGAUGGGUUGGGCGGAUUCCUGGCAGUGGCCAUCGCUGCCGCUGGUGAUGCUGCAGAUGCUGAGCUGGGCGGUGGCGGUGUCGAGCUCUGUCCUGUCCGUGCAGAUUCGAACGGCUUUCUGUGGUGGGAACUGGAUGGCUCUCUCCGGCACAUCGUCCUACCACAGGGCACAAACGCCGUGGAGCUGCGUCGUACAGAGGCGGGUGUUGGCUUUCGCUGUCUCCGUGCAGCAGCGCUGCCGGGUCGAGGUUGCCAGGUGUUGCAGCUCGGCCCCCGAGAGCCACUCCCAAUCUUCGAGUUGCCAAUGGCACCGACAAGGCUGUCAGUGGCUCUGAUUGGCGUCGGGAACGAGCGAUCGGAAUGGAGUCUGCCACUGCGCUUACCAUCCCUGAUGCAACAGGGUGAGUUGCCCGUGCAGCGGUGGUCUUCGUCUUCUUUUGAGGUGCGAUCGUGUCAUCUUCCGGCGGAAGAAGUCUUAGAGGUGCGCUGGGCUCGAGCAAUCUUCCCGCUGAUUGCGCGGCGAAGUGCUCCUGAAACCGAAGUGGUGAUCGGAGCUCGACGAUGGUUUGUGAACAGCACAACCCUCCCCAUCCAGCUCACGCUGCCGGAUGGAUCGGCGCUGCCGCAUCUGACUGCAGGUGCGACACUUCUAGCACAUCCUCUUCACGAGGCCGAUGCUGCAGAGGCACAAAGCUGCCUGCAGAGGGUCUGCGGCCUCCGUGGAUCAGAUCCGGAUCUCAGCUCCACCAUCUCCUUAGCCUUCGGACGCGACUGUGUCAAAGUCCAGCUGCCAGGCGCUGGUGGCUUCGAGGAUGUGUGCUUCCCCAGCGGAGAGGACUGCGUCCUACGUGAAGAGGGCAUAGCGCUCGCCAUGACAUUCGGGCUGGAUUGCAGCCUUGUCUCUCUGGUGCCAGCGCUAGUUGUCUUCAACUGCUCGUCACAGCAGGUUGGAUUUUUAUGGUAUGGGCAGGCGCCUGCCCAAGCCGAAUGGCUCAAUGCGGGCCAGCGCAAAGCGCUGCGCGUGCCCAUGGAGCUAAGCGAGGAAAGCAGCCGCAGCCUGCUGCUGCCGGUGGCCAGGGACGCCGCACCCGAGCGGCCAAAGUUACAGGUCCUGGUCAAUGCGAAGCAUGACGAGCUGCUGAUUUCGCCUCCCUUCGCAGUCGAUCGUGCUGCUGCAGGCUGCAGUGCCGCCAUGUCACUGCCCUCCUCUGCCCGCCCGGAACUAUGCCGGGUGGCCGUCGACGAGGCCUUUGGGGCUGUCGCUGUAUCCGUAGCCGGCCGAGAGCGCUGCCACCGGCUGACCUGUGAGGAGGGUUUGGAGGCUUAUGUUGACACGGCCCCGGCCGAUGUAGCGCGCAGCGGUGGCAGCAUUUAUUUCGGUGUGGCCGAGCCAUUUGAAAGCUCGCCCUCUGUCGUCCUGGUGUUGCAGAGACCGGGGCCUGGCAUAGCACGGGUUGACGUAGGUCUCAGUCGGAACAACACCCAGGCCAUUCCUGCAACUUCGUCACUGGGGGUGCCGGCGCGAGUGGAUGUCAGCGUCAAGGAGCAUGUUGCGACGGUGUUUGUCUCUCUGGGCCAUGGACGAGUGGACGAGGAGGCUGCGCAGUCCGAGACGCUCCAUGAGCUGCAGCUUGGGGGCCUUACGCUCUCCCUGGCGGAAGCUCCUGGCCUGAAGGAGGGUCUGUUGAUGGGUUACAGCCCCGAGACGAUCUCUAUCGCCUUGGACGGUUUCCAGGUGCGGUUGCGACGAUUCGCCAACGAUAGCGAAGAGUUCAAAAUCCGCAUCGACGCCGUGCAAGUGGACCUGCGCCCAAAGAAGGCGCGGGAUCCCCAACCGCGGGUUCUCCUGGCCUCAAUACCACGCCGAAGGGCGCUGCCCUUCCUCCGCUGGAGCUCCCUGCGUCGUGCAUGCAGCGAUCCCGCGGAGUGGCGCUUUGGUCUUUGUCGCCUCGAUUUGGGUCCGGCAGAGGUCACUGUGACAGAAGCGGUCUGGCAGGAGGUCGGCCGCUUCCUCGACCAGGCCGCCUCUGGCCCCCGCGGACUGGGCCCGCAGGAGGUGGCCGCGCGGGUUGGAAAGGAGCUGCCAGCAGUGCCUCCGAAAAGCGGGCAACGACUGCAAGUGGAGCAGUUCAGUGUCGAGGCGGUGAGCCUCAAAGUUUGGUGCUCGCUCUACCUUCCCGAGGCCACGUUCCUUCCUGCCGCCCUUCGCUCUGCUGUAGAAUUCUUGGGCCUCGGGACUGAAACACUGGUGGUGGAGGGAGCGAAGGUCCGAGUAGCUGCACAACCCUGGCUCGUUGGAAGAGGUGGACGACACCUUGUGGGCUCUGUGUCCUCUGUCUUGGACAGCCUGUCGCGAGCCUAUCUGCCGCAGGUGCGGAGGUCAAUAUUCUCCCUCGUUGCCAACUCCAAUGCCGCCCUUGGUGGCCUCCUUGGAUUGCGUUGCUGGCGUCGGCUUUUCGGGUGUGCUCGCCGCCAGACUGUCCGCAGCGUGCGGCCUGAGCUUUGUGCCCUGGGCGCGGAUGGUGCUGUGCGUGCCGCUGAUGGCCGCGGUGCUGAAGGCUCUUGGUUGUCGCAGGUGGACGGCAGCAUCGCUGCGAACCCGCCAGAGACGACAUGCGGCCGUUUCGUCAGGUCAUUCUCUCAGGAGCAACAUGUCACGUGUGGACUCAUGAUGAGAUUCUGA